AUGCAAUAACGAAAUGAUUUAUUAAUUGAGCAAUAAGUUUAACAAAAUAUGAAUAUCAAUCCGACGAUUGCAUCUAUCAGUAUACCAGAUGAUAAACCACUAAGUCCAAUCAGUGUUGUUAAACCGUAACAAAACAUCCAUAUUUAUAAUAAGGAUUAUGAAGGUAAGAUUCUAAUGCUGAAAAGACUAGCUAAUUAUCAGGAAUAAGACUAUCCAAAUGGAACUUUUUAUGGUUAAAUGAUGAAUGGCAAAAAACAUGGGCAGGGUCUAAUGCUAUUGCAGGGUAGAGUAUGUGAGGGAAUUUGGUAGAAUGACCGAAAACAUGGAUAUUGCAAAGAGAUCUUCGAUACAGGGGAGACAUUUGAAGGCGAAUAUUAAAAUGGAAAACCGUAGGGGAAAGGAGUCUAUAUUCGUAAUAAUGAAAGUUAUGACGGACAAUGGGUGAAUGGAUUUAAACAUGGACAUGGAAUUUGGAAGAUGGGAAAUGACUUUUAUGAAGGAGAAUGGAAAUUUGGAAAAAUCGAUGGAUAUGGAGUCUACAUUUAGAAUAAUAAUAAGUAUACAGGUAGUUUUAGGAACAAUUUGAAGCAUGGACAUGGGAUAGAGAACUUUUCCAAUGGGGAUGUGUAUAAUGGACAAUUUUGUAAUGGGAAACCAGAAGGUUAAGGCACUUAUAUAUGGAACAAUGGGGCAGAAUAUAGAGGUAUGUUUAAAAACGGAGUAAGACAUGGAAAGGGAGUGUGGAGUAAAUGGGAUCCUUUGAAGGAGGGUCAUUAUCGAUAUGAGGGGAUGUUUGAGAAUGAUAAAAAGCAUGGACAAGGAGUGUUUACAUGGCCAUCAGGAAAUUACUAUGUUGGUGCUUUUGUGAAUGAUUACAGACAUGGUUAUGGUGAUAUGUUUUGGAAGGAUUAGUAUUAUAAGGGUUAUUGGGAAAGGGGUAUGUAACAUGGAGAUGGAGAAUUGUGUAAGAAUGGAGUGAUAAAGAAGGGUCGAUUUGAAAAUAAUGUAUUAACAAAUCAUAGAAGUAAUAGUAUGUGGGAAUCAGGGGAAAGUAAUUUUAAAUUAGCAGCUAAUUUAAAUCAAACCUUUUCUCAUGGCAUGUCUGGUUUAUCUUAAAGAAAUAGAUAUAUGCCAGCAAUUGGACGGAAACCCAAAUUAAUUAUGAGGAAAGGGGAUAAAACAAUAAUCUUGGAUAAUUUAAUUAUUAACGAUAUUCCAAUAGAGAAUGACCCUGAUUUCUUAACUAUAUGUCCUGAGCCAGUCUAGCAGAAAAAGUUUAAGCCAAAAAUGAAUUGUAGCCAGAUCCUGAAACAACAUUUUAGUACUUUGAGAAAAUGA